AUACCUGCUUUAACCCAGCCGGUGGUGGAGUGUGUUUGUCUGCUUCUCACCCCUGCUGAUGGAUGCUUUCACUAGCAAUCUCCUUGGAUGGCUCUGUGUGGGUGUCACUACGCUUUUUGGGGUGUCUGUGUUCUACACAGCCAAGAGGAGCCCGGCAGAGAAAGCAAACCUGCUGCUCUGGAGCCUCCUUCCCACCUUGCUGGGGCUGCUGUGUGUGGCUAUGCUGGGCACUGGUGGGGGGCUGGUGGUGUUUUGCACCAUGUGCCUCAUCUCUGUGUACCUGGGCAACAGGGCGCUGCUGCCCGUGGGCGACAAAGCUGUCCUCAUCACAGAAAUGCAAGUUUGGACACCUCUGACAGCUCACACAUCUGAGGAGGCUCUUCUUGGUCUCUAUUUGAUCCAGACCGGAAGUGACACUGGAAUUGGACACGCCCUGGCUAAACACCUGGAUGACUUAGGUUUUGUUGUGAUUGCUGGAGUUUUGAACAAGGAUGGACCAGGAGCCGAGGAGCUGAGACGGACCUGUUCUCAGAGACUCUCUCUCCUGCAGCUGGAUGUAACCAAUGCCACCCAAGUCAAGGAAGCCUAUCUAAAAGUCUCAGCGAAGGUGCAAGAUACAGGACUCUGGGGAGUUGUGAACAAUGCAGGCAUCCUGGGCUUACCUGCUGAUGGUGAGCUGAUACCCAUGAGCACAUACAGGCAGUGCAUGGAGGUGAAUUUCUUUGGGGCUGUAGAACUGUCCAAGACCUUCUUACCAUUACUUCGGAAAUCCCGGGGGAGGCUGGUUAACGUGUCCAGCAUGGCAGGAGGCAUUCCACUACCAAGAUAUGCUGCAUAUGGUGCAUCAAAAGCAGCUCUGUCCAUGUUUUCUGGAGUAAUGAGGCAAGAGCUUUCCAAAUGGGGAGUUAAAGUUGCUGCAAUUCACCCGUCAGGCUUCCGAACAGGUAUACAAGGCACAGCUGACCUGUGGGCUAAGCAAGAAAAGGAGUUGAUAGAGAACCUCCCAGCAGACACAAGGCAAGACUAUGGCGAGGACUACCUUCUGGAGCUAAAGAGCUACCUCCUGCACAUGCCUCUGUACUGUGAUGCCAACCUCUCCCCCGUGCUGGGGGCUAUCCUGCACGCUUUGCUGGCCAAGAGACCGCAGGGGCUGUACACUCCUGGCAAAGGGGCUUACAUGCCCCUCUGCAUCUUCUGCUACUUUCCUCUCUGGGUCUAUGACUUCUUCAUUAGUAAGAUGCUGAGUCCUAAGUCUGUCCCACGGGUGCUAAGAACAUCAGAAGCUGCAAGCAAGGAUCUCUAAGACAUCUGUCAGCAUUUGUCUUAUUUGGGGAUAUCUGAGGAAAAAAACGACUUUAAGGCACUGCCUUUUGUUGUGUUGUCAAAUUGCAUUCACACUGCCUUGCAAACAGAAGCAAAUCUUUGUGUUAAGAACGACAUUCAGGAAAAGCAGGUGGCUAAACAGAGAGCUGUCCUCACAUAGGGUGUUUAUAGAGGAGCUCCAGUGUUUACCUGAUGGUUUUGUAUCCUGCCUUCUGUGUAAGGUAUCUCAUGCAGUGGCAUAAUUCCUUUCUGCUUCAAAAGGUACCACAUAGGCAGCUGCAUCAUCUGAUGUGUUUUGUUUGGUUGGUGGUUUUCUUUGACAAAACAAGUGCUUGGGGAUCAGCCACCUCACUGAACAUUAUAAGGAGUUACUUGUGUUCUUAUUGGAGACUUUCAGAAAGGUCUCCUGUGAAUCUUUCCCAUUGCAGCUUCAGUCUAAAAAGUGUAAAGUUUGGAAUUUUUUUUUUUUUUGAGUCCUGUUGCUGUUGGAGCUGAGAAAUGAUUGAAAUGUUUGACCUUUUCCCACCCCCUGAAUUUUGUGAAGUGUAGUUGUGAUGUUCAUAAUGUAUCUUCUUUUGCCAAGUGAAGAGAUGUAGAUUAGUUGGGGGUGGGGGAAGAACAAUGACAGACCAAGACCUGCAUGAAGAAGCAUUCAGUAUUAGAACAAGUACUAGUAAGUAUACCAGAGGGUAAGUUGAUGUGACUGUCUUGGUCAUCCUGUGUAUGUGCCUGUGCUUUGUUAAUUAUUAGUAAACUCUGUUUUCACUA